AUUCUGUUUUCCCGUGUGCGCGCGUAUACGCCGUGUGCUCGCCGAUAAUAAACAAUGCCGUCGAAACUCGUUGCCUGGUCGGAGGCUCAGUUGGACUCGGUACUUGGUUCGAAGCGGACGGCGUCGUCGCGAACGAGCACCCGCGAGCUUUCUUCGCGACACCGAAUCACGGAAUAUUCCGAAAGGUUGGCCGCGAGCCGACCCGAAAUUUCAACCAACGGUAUUUACCUCGGCGGACUUUUUGAUCGCGCCCACCAAAGCGGGUACGCCACCGGCAGCAGCGUCUCGCUGUACCCUCGCGGAGCUUUUAACCGGACAGGACGGAGUUUUCAGCGGUCUCUUUGCUUCGCUCGGUUCGCUGCGUUUCGAAGAGCGCGGUAAACGGCGAUUCUGGUCACGUGAUAGCACGCGUCUUAUCGAGCGACGCGCAUCGAGCCUGGGAUUGGUCGAGACCGACCACGUGAUCAGUUCUAACGUCAACUUGGACCACCGUCUGCUGGUGCUUGAUCGGAUUUCUCAGCGAACCUUCCAGGAACAAAGGAUACUGGAUACGCUCUCCUUUCCGAUCUGAAUCGCGGAUAUCAUCUUUUCGUGGGUUCGCUUUCGCCGUCGACCGUCAACUCCUAACGCCACGAACUGCAGCGCAGUGGUCGCGUCACAAAUCGAACGUUCUGUUCGUGUCAUUUUGGGACAAUUCGCCGGCGAUUCCGUUGACAGUUCCGCGAUCGUUUCGAGUCGGUGACACAGCUUAAUCGCAAAGCCCUCGAAAUUCGGUUCCAAAGUUCAUCAUCGGACAGCGAUCGUCUGGCUGCCACUUGUUUUCCUCAACGAUUGUCGUGUUUCGUGAACUUCGUGGAUGCCGUUGAAAUUCGGCUGUCCAACAUGGUUAAGUAAAUAUCUUGGAACCAAAUACACGGUAAAAUCGUGCGUCUUUCGUCUCUGCGUAUCUCUACGAGGCCACGCACACCGUGUGUCAAUUUCGUUGAAGUGAUACAACCCGGUGGAGACUGUCUUUUAAGUGUACCUUUUGAGAACGAAUUUCAUCACAAGUCGGCUCAAAGAUGUACAGCAUGAACUACAUUGGCAAAUUUAUUAGCAAUUUUCGAGACUUUUACAAUGAGAUCAACGCGGCAACGCUCACCGGUGCCAUCGACGUUGUCGUCGUCGAGCAACCGGAUGGAUCGUUCACCUGCUCGCCUUUUCACGUGCGUUUCGGAAAAUUGGGUGUACUUCGUUCCAGGGAGAAAGUGGUCGACAUAGAAAUAAAUAGCGAACCGAGGCAAAUUCACAUGAAGCUGGGAGACUCCGGAGAAGCUUUCUUCGUGGAAGAAGUUGGCUCCGAUGGAUCUCCAACUGACACAGAGAUUCCACCCCAUUUGGCCUGUUCCCCCAUUCCGGACAACGCGUGUUUCCCACCAUCCAGAUUCAAUGUUCUCUCCGAUGUACCCAGAGAACAAAGGGACAAGAUUCUAGUAGAAUCAGUUUUGUCCAUUGAGAAAGAGAAAUGGGAAGAGAUGUCUGCUUUACCUCCGGACCAACGGGAAAGAUUUUUGAUCGAACAGUUUUCGGAUCUGCCUGCCGAACGUAGAGAAAAAUGGCUUCAAAUGGCUUCUUUAACCACGGAGGAAAGGGACAAGAUGUUCAAAGAAUAUUUUGGCAAUGUAUCCACAUUUCAAAAACAGAAAUUGAUUCGAGAACAAUAUUCUGCUCUGGCAAGCGAAGAGAAGGAACGAUUAUUCAAGGAAAAUUUUCCAGAAUUACCUAUCGAACAGAGACACAAGUUCGAGAUAGCGCUGUUGAGUGACUGGAAAGAGAAAGAGGAGGAGAAGCAGGACUCUCUGAAAAAUGACGAAGAAAUCUUCGAUAUGGAUGGUAUAAACGAGGAUAAGGUUCUCCCUGCUCAGUCAACGCCCAAGUCAUUUGUAGCUGUGACUUCCUCGGACAGGAUUCGCAAAAUUAGCGUAGUCAAAAACGACUUUAGGCCGAUCACGGACGAUGCGCAGAGCAGUGCGAAAGAAAAGUCCAGCGACGAAUCGAACUCCUCGUUGAGUAAGAAAAAUUUGAAGGACGAAACGGUUGAAGAAAACAAGAAUAAUAAUUCGACCAAGAGGAAGCGGAAAAGGAAGAGUAUUAUGAGAAGGAAGGGAUCUCACAGGAAGGCCAGCAAUGGCGGCAGCAGCAGUCAAACCGAAGUCAGCGAGAACGAUAACUCCGUUCAGGAAGACUCGCUCGGUGAACCUAUGUUAAAGGGGCCGAGUCCGGUUGCAGAAAUGGAAAAGAAGAACGCAACCAUCGAACACGAUGCCUCGAUGCAAGAGCCGUCUGAAACCCGACCAGAGACGGACUUUCAUUUCUUCAGUGACACCGAGGUUACCAAGAAUCAGGAUUCCAGGCCGUGCUCACCGGUCCAAUCUGACACAGAGUUCGAGAUGCGAAAAAUCACGCAAGACAACGUGGAAGGGGAAGAUAAGAGUCUUCAGCAGAGUUGGAGAUGGGGCGAGCUGCCGAGUUUACCCCCAGAAACGGGACACGUGUCUCACAGAAAUUCAUUGAACUCAUCGAGCGCUGUUAAUCAACCGAACAAUACGGAGGCACAUCGCUCCAUGCUCAGCGGAAUGUUCUCUUUUAUGAAGAAAACUUCUCGCGUAAGACACAAUCCGGAAUCCGAAGGAAUUUAUCUGAGUGACAUCAACGCUGACGAACUGGACCCUGAAGUCGCGGCGCUCUACUUCCCUUCUUCUCACAGAGGUCCGGCAGCCGUGAAAGACAGAAAAGCUGUAGACGAGGAAGACACCGAAUCGGGCAAUGGGCCGAGUUUACCGCAGAGUCCGAAUAGCGUAAUAGGUGCUAUCGGAGGACCAAAAUCGUUGGAUAGCGAUUUUGAGGAACCGAAGCAUACGAUAUUCGACAACAACAUGGACAUCAGUUUGUCUUUGUGCGGUGGUUUGGAUUCUGAAAAUGGUCCUUCCAAAGAAGCUUUCCAUCAGAAUCUGCUUCAUUUCGAAGACAUUUGUUCCGAUCCGAAAUUAUAUGAAAAUCCGAAUCUAGUCGUAAAGAUUAAUGGAAAGUUUUACAAUUGGACUACCGCUUGCCCGAUCGUGAUAACCUACGCUGCUUUCCAAAGACACUUGCCGCAAAGUACAAUAGAGAUUCUAUAUGCUCAAUGCAUGUCCCUGCCAAUGCACGAAGAAAAGAAGCAAGAGGACAUUAGUGGCAAGCCCGAAAGUCGUAGCGGUUACAGUUCCUGGUUCUCGUGGAGACGUUCCACGCAACCUUCUAAAAAGCCGCAAGAACUCAGUCAAGUCGAUGGUGGAGCAGUGAAUCUACAAUCACCGGAGCAAUCGAUCGAUUCCAAGGAGAGUACUCCAAUCGACGAAACAGCGGGUAGAGAUGGAACUACCAAUCAAAUUGAAGAGAUCGCGUCUGUGAUCGAAAUAGGAGAAGAAUGCGCUAAGCCCGCGACAGGUUUCGCCGAAGCAGAGAAAAAUCGAGAAAGGGAGGGCGAAGGUUAUAGCGGCAGCGAGGACUCCGACAGCAACCAAAACAAAUCGCAGGGUAUUAAGAUACCCAAGGAACGGAGACCUUAUUACGAGUCCACCGAGAAGUAUCGUAAAACUUUGAGAUUAUCGUCUACUCAAAUAGCGAGCCUCAAUUUAAAAGACGGUCCCAACGAGGUUGUUUUCAGUGUGACCACGGCAUACCAAGGCACAACCCGUUGCAAAUGUCAUAUUUAUAAAUGGAGAUGGGAUGACAAAAUCGUUAUUUCCGAUAUCGAUGGCACUAUCACGAAGUCGGAUGUCCUCGGUCAUAUUUUGCCCAUCGUUGGCAAGGACUGGGCCCAAUCAGGAGUUGCUCAAUUAUUUACGAAAAUUAAGAACAACGGCUAUAAGCUGCUCUAUCUCUCGGCAAGAGCGAUCGGGCAAGCCAGAGUCACCAGAGAAUACCUGAAAAGCAUCAAACAGGGCGACCUGUCGCUGCCAGAAGGCCCGUUGCUUCUCAAUCCGACGAGCUUGAUUUCAGCAUUUCAUCGCGAAGUCAUUGAGAAGAAACCCGAAGAGUUCAAAAUAUCCUGCCUUAGCGAUAUUCAAGCGUUGUUCCCCGACGGCUCGAAACCAUUUUACGCAGGCUAUGGAAAUCGAAUUAAUGAUGUAUGGGCAUACCGGGCUGUUGGAAUUCCCACUAUGCGAAUAUUCACUAUAAACCACAGAGGUGAAUUAAAGCACGAAUUGACGCAGACAUUCCAAUCAUCAUACUCAAACAUGAGCUACAUUGUCGACCAUCUAUUCCCACCGUGGAGGGUGGACGCUGCUGACGAAUUCAGUAAUUUUGCGUACUGGCGAGAUCCGAUACCGGAACUGGCGUCGCUGGAGGAACUUUAUGCUCAAACUCGGACUGUCUACUAAGGAUAUACGUGUGUACGUGUUUUGCACUGGCGCAAAACGAUAAUCUACUCGUAAUAAGAAAACGAUCGUCGUAUUUAGCUACUUUUUAUACUCCCACGUAUUAUCGGCUAUAGCAUUGUUGCCUGGUGCGACUUAUUUCUCGAUGUGUUUGCAACGCGAUCGUAAGCUUGACAUUCGGUGUGUUAGGUUCGUCGAAAGACACUAAAUAACGAUAAAUACUAAAUAUCGCUACGCAACAUGGACGAUUCUUGCCAUUGUUUCGGACGAUUUGCGAGCCGUACGAGUACGCGAUUGUAUUCUGUACUACUCUAUUCUAUUCUGCAAUACUAUACUGUACUCUACUCUACUCUACUCUACUCUACUCUACUCUAUUCUGUUCUGUUCUGUUCUGUUCUGUUCUAUUCUAUUCUAUUCUUCUCUAUUCUAUUGUAUUCUAUUCAAUUCAAUUCGAUUACAUUCCAAUUCCAUUAGAACGAAAGAAAGUUGUUACUUAAUCACUUCAUACUCCAAGGAUAACGCGCUGUUAAAGAGCAAAGUGAAUUUCCUCUUGGUCGAAACAUUGAUUUUGUUGUUUCUAAUUUCAAAGCUAUCAAAACGGAUUGCUCGUGCGAUCGGUGAUAAAAACCGUGGACAGUAAUUUGCUGUUAAAAUGGUCCAUUGGACGUAAUCUAACCAACGGACUUGCUUCACCGUUCGCUUCUCUCGGGAAACCUUGUCCCAUUUUAGUCCGAGUUCACCGAUGGUAAGAAUGUUUUAAUCGUAACUGUUCUACAACACGAGGAUUUAGCGUAUCGUAUGUAAUAUAGUUUAUAUACCUACUUUAGUUUAGUUUUAUCGAACACUUCGUUUAAGAAAUCCUUAUUUAUUUUUAUACGAGAUCUCUGUUGAAUUAGUGUGCUGUGAGAUUGCCAUAUAUCUUAGACUCUUUACCUCGUUUGUGUAUUGUGAUAUUUCGGUGGAAAUAGUAUUUGUCGAACGGGCGGUCGGAAAGAUCUCAGUGUAGAAAAACGGGCUCGUAAUUCGCACGGAAGUCAAUCGCUUCCGGGUAUGCACUUUCCUAGGCCGAAUUAUAUCGAGAACGCAUUCGUCGUUUUUGCGAUACACAUUACGUACACCUUUGUCUUUCAGAACGCAUCAUCUAGGUACGCGUCGACAUAAUAGAAUAGAUUAAGUUUAUCUAAGUUUCCUGCAACAAAACCAUUAAAAAUACCCUCGCAAGAGCAAUGCCAGUUUUUAUGGUUUCGUUCGCUCUCCUUUUCUUUCAUGCAAUAUAAUCUUUAACAUGUACCAUCGAAAGAUACAAAAGUACAAUUGUGUUUAACCAAAGAAGAAUCGAGUUCAUAGUAUUUUCAGUUUCGUUUGGGCUGUUAUCACUCGAAGAAAACUAUUAUUAUGCUACAAUACACAUGUAAAUGAAAAUACCAAUAAUCGGAUUAUUGAAGACGAUACUAUAUAUAUAUAUAUAUAUCGUAUUCUACGUUUUCUUCAAAAAGGUCAAUACAGUGUUGAGAAUCAAUAAUUGGAAUGCUAUUUUUUCUUUUUUUUUUCUUUGGAAUAUUCCCGGGCGAUCCGUUUAGGUAAUAAAAGUAUGUUAAUUAGUGCUUUGUAAAGAGUGUAUAUAAUUCUAACGACCGAGAAAUGAUAUCUUAUAAGUUAUUGAAUGUUUAAUUUUUAGUAUUAUUUUAUCUAUUCUGUUAACCAUGAUAUGCAUAGUACAAAAUAAAUUUGAAUCUAUUUAUAGUUUUGUUUAUACACAAUUUUUUUUAGUGGGAAUUUUAUAUGCUCUUGUGCAGGCGGCACUUCGCAUAUGUUUACUCAGAUAUUCUACCAAGUAAGCGAAUAAAACGAAAUCGUUUCUUACACCCUUAUCAAUAUACAGUCGAAACUUAAAUGUUCUUGGACAGCAAUUGAAUAGUGCAAAUCAAAUUUUGAAAGCUUCUUUUCUAAUGAAUGGAACUAUACUGCUUAUCUCAGUACAUACAAACACACAUUUAUCGAGUAAAUUUAGCUUCGCGCGACAAACAGAAUUCAUUCAAGGAAUAAAUUGUAUAAGUCGUGGUCCCCAAUGGUUAAAUUGACCGAUUUAUGUUUUCGUUGUAGUAUUGAAUAGCGAAUAGUAUUCAUGUAUUGGUAAUCAUGUUCAAACGCCAGCACUAUGUCUACGUAGUAAUUUCCAUAUUUCUGUAUAACUGGUGUAAUAUUGUCUAUUACGAUGCAAUUAAACAGCUAUCUGUAGUAAUCGUCGUAUACCUUGUAACCAGCUGAACAAUAAAUGACGAAUUAAUCGGCUAAUCA